CAGCAAGAAGGCACACACAUUUUCUCUGACAUCACAAAAUUGUGUAUCAGUAGCCGGAUUCCUCCAACACGGCGUUUGUUGCGUUACUUUGGGGGUGGACCCGCUGUAUAGCACAUUUGGACGAAUUUUCUGCAAGAAAACAAAACAGGCAGUGGAAGGGGAUUACGUUUACUGAAUCGAAUUAGUAUUUACACUAGUGUUUUUCCAGAAUAAAACUCAGCUCAUUGCCACCUGCAAACCCACCUGGCAAGAACAAGUAGCAAACCAGGCAGUUCGAAAGUGGGGCCUGCGUCACAAAGUAGCGAACGUGCUUGAGCCUUGGACUCAAGUGGAAGUUCCAAGCGGACUUCUGAACUCUCUCCGUCUGCGAAGUCGGCCGUCAGCGGGGCCGAGGCUCUUGUAGCCGGCCCUGUGGAUGAGGAAGUGAAAAGGAAGAACCCACCCAGGAGACUGGCUCCGUGCUGCUGGGAGAGUCCUCUCUCCUGGACUCCUGGGUGAAUCGGCGCUCUGUGAUGAUGGGGCCUGGGUUUUUGAUGAUCAUUGAAACUUGCCUUUCUCCUAACACUGACGAUGAGCAGGAGGCUCUGAACUCGAUCAUGCAGGACCUGGCUGAGCUGCACCGCUCCAGCCGCCCCACCAUGACCCUGGCUGACCUGGGGAAGCCCAAGGCCUCCUCGCCCAAAAACCAGAAUGAUGUUCGAGUGAAGUUCGAGUACAGAGGUGAAAAGAGGAUCCUGCAGUUCCCUCGUCCCGUCAAGCUGGAUGACCUUGGGAACAAGGCGAAGGUGGCGUUUGGGCAAGCCAUGGACCUGCACUACACCAACAACGAGCUGGUGAUCCCGCUGACCACGCAGGAGGACCUGGACAAGGCUGUGGAGCUGCUGGACCGCAGUGUCCACAUGAAGAGCCUGAAGAUCCUGCUGGUGCUGCAGGGCUCCACCCAGAGCUCUACAUCUCAUAUGGAGCUCCUGCCAUCAUUGGAGGACCUGGACAACACGGCCUUCAGGGGGACGGACAAGAAGAGCAUGCUGGAUCUACUUGGCUCCCACUCCACCGACCGCAGCUCCCCCCCGCCUGGAUACAUCCCCGACGCCCUGCAACAGGUCGCCCGGAACGGCUCCUUCACCAGCAUCAACAGCGAGGGAGAAUUCAUCCCAGAGAGCAUGGACCAGAUGCUGGACCCCUUGUCUAUGAGCAGCCCAGAGAACUCUGCCUCAGGAAGCUGUCCCUCCCUGGACAGCCCACUUGACAGUGACAGCUACCCCAAAUGCCGCAUGCCUCGAGCUCAGAGCUAUCCGGACAAUCACCAGGAGUUCUCAGAGUACGAUAUCCCAGUGUUUGAGAAAAUUGCCAAAGGAGGAACAUACCCCCGACGUUACCACAUUUCCUUUGGUCACCAGGACUACAGCGAUGGCCGUAAGACGUUCCCGCGGGCGCGGCGCACACAGGGCCACAGCCUGCGCUCGCCGGUCAGCUUCAGCCCCACAGAGCAGCAGAGCCUCAGCACCAGCAGCGGCAGCAGCAUCUUCACCCCCGACCCCGAGGAGGCCGGCCGCCGCCGCCGCGGCAGCGACAUCGACACCAACCCCACCCUCUCCGUCAUGGACAUCAGCCCGCCCAGCCGCUCUCCGCGGGCUCCCACUAACUGGCGCCUGGGCAAGCUGCUGGGUCAGGGUGCGUUCGGGCGCGUGUAUCUGUGCUACGACGCCGACACGGGGCGCGAGCUGGCCGUCAAACAGGUGCAGUUCGACCCGGAGAGCCCCGAGACCAGCAAGGAGGUGAGCGCUCUGGAGUGUGAGAUCCAGCUACUGAAGAACCUUUUCCACGAGCGUAUCGUUCAGUACUACGGCUGCCUGCGUGACACACAGGAGAGAACACUCUCCAUCUUUAUGGAGUACAUGCCUGGGGGCUCCAUUAAGGACCAGCUGAAGUCGUACGGUGCUCUGACGGAAAACGUCACGCGCAAAUACACCCGUCAGAUCCUGGAGGGCGUGUCCUACCUGCACAGCAACAUGAUCGUGCACAGAGACAUCAAAGGGGCCAAUAUUCUGCGAGACUCGGCCGGGAAUGUGAAGCUGGGCGACUUUGGGGCCAGCCGGCGCCUGCAGACCAUCUGUCUGUCCGGGACCGGCAUCAAGUCUGUGACCGGCACCCCCUACUGGAUGAGUCCGGAAGUCAUCAGUGGAGAGGGCUAUGGCCGGAAGGCAGACAUCUGGAGCGUCGGCUGCACGGUGGUGGAGAUGCUGACGCAGCGCCCCCCCUGGGCGGAGUUCGAAGCGAUGGCGGCCAUCUUUAAGAUCGCCACGCAGCCCACGAACCCUGUGCUGCCGGCGCACGUGUCCGAGCACUGCAGGGACUUCCUGCGCCGCAUCUUCGUGGAGACCAAGCAGCGCCCGGCCGCCGAGGAGCUCCUGCGGCACAUCUUCGUGCACUAGCCCCUCCCCCCUGCAGGAGGCCCCGCCCACUCUGUCCCUUUGUCCCCGCCCCCCCCCCCCCCACCGUAUCGUCCCCGCCCUCUGCCCCCAGAGGAGGUGCCUGUCCCCUGGAAGAAAAAACGAAAAAACUGAAAAUGACCCCGAAAAGAGAGUAGGACAUUGAGGGCCUCUGACCGUGGGAGAGCUCAAUGGUAAAACGUUUGCACCUUAAUUUCACACUUGGGGUAGGUUCCCACAAAGACCAAAACACGCAACUCUCAG